GGAGGCGGCGCCGCGGCCGCGCGUUCCGGCCAGCCCGUCCCGAAGGCCGCCAUCAGCCAUGGCGGCGGUGCGCGCUCUGCUCCCGCUGCUCUGCAUCGCCCUGCUGCUCACCGCCCGCGCCGCCGCCCAGGAGGAGGAGGAUGGCGUCCUGGUGCUGCGCGCCGCCUCCUUCGAGCAGGCGCUGGCCGAGCACCGAUACCUGCUCGUCGAGUUCUACGCCCCGUGGUGCGGGCACUGCAAAGCGCUGGCGCCCGAGUACGCGAAGGCGGCGGCGAAGCUGAAGGCGGAGGGCUCGGAAAUCCGGCUGGCCAAGGUGGACGCCACGGAGGAGUCGGAGCUGGCGCAGCAGUUCGGCGUGCGCGGGUAUCCCACCAUCAAGUUCUUCAAGAACGGCGACAAAGCUGCGCCCAAGGAGUACACGGCUGGCAGGGAGGCAGACGACAUCGUCAGCUGGCUGAAGAAGCGCACGGGCCCAGCUGCUGCCACCCUGGCUGAUGUGGCUGCUGCCGAGGCACUGGUGGACUCCAGUGAAGUGGUGGUGAUUGGUUUCUUCAAGGAUUCAACAUCAGAGGCAGCAAAGGAGUUCCUGCUGGCAGCAGAAGCUGUGGAUGAUAUUCCUUUUGGGAUUUCCUCCAGUGCUGAUGUCUUCACCAAGUACCAGAUUAGUAAGGAUGGUGUCAUCCUCUUCAAGAAGUUUGAUGAAGGCCAGAACAACUUUGAAGGGGAUCUCACAAAAGAUAAUCUGCUGAACUUCAUCAAGUCUAAUUCAUUGCCUCUGGUCAUAGAGUUCACUGAGCAGACUGCUCCUAAAAUAUUUGGAGGAGAGAUCAAGACUCAUAUUCUGCUUUUCCUACCAAAAAGUGUGUCUGACUAUCAAGGGAAGCUGGACAACUUCAAGAGUGCAGCUGGGAACUUCAAAGGGAAGAUCCUGUUCAUCUUCAUAGACAGUGACCACAGUGACAACCAGAGGAUUUUGGAGUUCUUUGGCCUGAAGAAGGAAGAGUGCCCAGCUGUACGUCUGAUCACCCUGGAGGAAGAAAUGACCAAAUACAAACCUGAAUCCAAUGAGCUCACAGCAGACAAGAUCAAAGAGUUCUGUAACAAAUUCCUGGCAGGCCAGAUCAAGCCCCACCUAAUGAGUCAAGAUCUUCCUGAAGACUGGGACAAGCAGCCUGUCAAAGUUCUGGUUGGGAAGAACUUCGAAGAAGUUGCUUUUGAUGAGAAUAAGAAUGUUUUUGUGGAGUUCUAUGCCCCGUGGUGUGGUCACUGCAAGCAGCUGGCCCCAAUCUGGGACAAGCUGGGAGAAACCUACAGGGACCACGAGAACAUUGUCAUUGCCAAGAUGGACUCGACGGCUAAUGAAGUGGAGGCAGUGAAAAUCCACAGCUUCCCCACACUCAAGUUCUUCCCUGCAGGCUCUGGCAGAAAUGUAAUUGACUAUAAUGGGGAGAGGACACUAGAAGGCUUCAAAAAAUUCCUGGAGAGCGGAGGUCAGGAUGGGGCAGCAGCUGAUGACGAUCUCGAGGACCUGGAGACGGAUGAAGAAACUGAACUUGAGGAAGGUGAUGAGGAUGAGCAGAAACUCCAAAAGGAUGAAUUGUAAAGAGAAGACUGAUCUACAUCACCCAAAAAAUCAGACACUAAAUUGGCUGCUGUGAUGCAGCCCAGUGAGUCAGAAACCCAUUAAGAUUUAAAGCAGAAGGUAAAUGACUGGAAAUCCAGGGAUUGGCUUCUAAAGUAACACUUUACCCUCA